AUGUCAACCCUCUCCUCCCCCCGCCCCUCAAUCGCCUCAUCCCGCGCACACUCUCCAACACCAACAUCCUCGCACCGACCCUCCCUCGACACCCUCAACACAAGCUACAACCUCAACAACCUCAGCGCCUCCUCAACCCCAUCCACCGCCCGCGCCGUCCCCCCCUCCCUACACCCGCGCCGCAACCGCGCCGCCCUCCGCGACUACUACAACCUCAAACCCUCCUCCGCAGCCGAUCCCAACAAUGACGGGCGGCGCUCACGCAGCAUCCCCCGACAUACCGACGCAGGGGACAUCUCCAGCAGCAGUAGUGGCACUGUCGCCGGUGGCCCAUCUAUCCUAUCCACAACAGGCACCGAGCUCGACAGCCCGGACUUCGACCCCCAACGCUACGUGAACCAGCUCCUCGCUUCAUCGUCGCUCUCGACAGUCCUGAAAGCGGAGAAUACGCUCGUCGGGGAUAUCCGCACGCUGGAUAGUGAGCGCAAAGCGUUGGUGUAUGACAAUUACUCGAAGUUGAUUAGGGCCGUCGAAACGAUUGGGAAGAUGCGACGGACGAUGGAUGAUCGGGGCGCGCCGUUGACAAUGACGAAGACGCUGGGGCCGGCAAUUGCAUUUGUGGCGGAGACGGCGGGCGGGUUGAUCCAGGAGGGAGAGGAGCAGCAGAGACGCAUGAAGGAGGCUAAGGAGAGUGAGGGGGGUGAGAGGAGGAGGGCUGAAAAGGGGACCGUUAAGUGGGUGCUUGCGGCGCCGGGGAGGUUGGAGAAGUUGCUGGAGGAGGGGAAGGGGGAUGAGGCGGAGAAGGACUGGGAUGAGGUACGGAAGUUGUUAGAUAAGUGGGAGGGGGUUAAGGGUGUGAAGGAGUCUGGAAAAUCGAUGCUUCACGAGAAACAUGAAAGUGACUUUGUGGAGUUGGUACCCAUAGGUGCCAUCGAGCUUCAACCAAGCCAGCUCCUGACAACGAGCUCGGGAUCGCGAUGGCGUGCCUCGAUAUCACCUAUCGGCCACUUCCCAGCUAGCAGACAUCCUAUCAUCCACCAAGGCAGUCUACACAGCUCGAGCUGGUCUCUGAGCUACCACCUAUCUUCUCCAAGCCAUUGA